CACACGAGUCGAGUUCUCAAUCGAAACAAUACAAAACUAAAAAAAUCAGCCCUGGUCCUGUUAAAGUGGGCAGGCUACUACCAACAAUACCUUGCUCAUUCCUGAAAGAUCUGAGAUUUCCCCUGUUCUUCUUAUGUCCCCAUGCCCCUUGCCAUCCAAACAGGGAAACUCUGGAACACAAUUCUCCACACCCACCCUGCCCAAGCUGGGCUCCCUGUACCUUUCCCCUGGCAGGGCAAAAGCACGGGAUCCUAGUCCUUGGCUGAUUAACUACAACUCCCAAGAUGCAUCACGGCAGGGCGUGCCCUUCCUCCUUGCAGCAUCAGGACCAGCCGAGCAUCCUCCAGAGAGAGGGAUGCAGGCGCCUGGCAGGGGGAGGUGGCUCCUGGAACAUCCCUGGCCAAGAGCUGCCCUGCAGCUGGGCAGGCAGACUCCUCCCAUGCCUGACAGCUCAGAGUUUUGUGGCCUCUUUAAGAGCUGACGCCUUCUGUCUGCACGGCGCAGAAGAACAAGCCUCUCCCCCCACGGCUGGGACCCUCUCCCCACCCACCCCCCACCCCCAAAAAAACUUUUCCUGGGUAAUGCUUGAACUCUGGCAAUUGCCAACCUCUGUGCCGGAUGAGACUGGUGCCUUCUGCCGUACCAAGCCGAGCUGCCACCAUCUCCUGCUCAGGGUGGUUACCGCAGCGUCAGGUCGGUUUGCCAGCGGUUCAGUGAGAAUCCUCUGGGGUUUUGGAGCUGACUCCGGACAUCUUUUCCUGAUCCAUCUGCCAACGCUGGUUUGAGGGGAGGAGGGAGGAGGCAAGCCGCGUGGAUGGCAGCAGUGGUGCCAGGCCGCCCGUCAGAGGAGCAGCGGUCGGCUGAGAAUCCAUCGCUCGUCCGGGAACCGCUUCGUGUUUCUCAUCCGUCGGAAACAGCAUUAAUCGCUUGCUGCUGCUGUUGCGAUUCUCUCUCCUCCUUGGGAGCAAACUCCUGUCCGGAUAAACAACCACCCCAUGGCUGCCGUGCGAGGGUCCCCUUUGGGCCAUGAUGAUCCCUGAUUCGGGAAAGAUGCCUCUCUUGAGGACCCCGGCUGUGGAAAAAGUCAGGAAGUCCCUUCUUUGCGUAACAAUCUCUCUGCAUCCAGUCCUUCAUCUCCUGGAGGCCUUCUUCCAAAGGGAGAGCGCAAAGGCCUGCAGAUUCAAAACUGUACAGUGCAUUUUAACCACAGCCGGGCUGAGAAAAAGGGCUAACUUUCCCCAUUCAACUCCCAAGUGAUGUGGGUAGAUGCUGUUCACAUGGGACCUGGAGGAUUCACAUUCUGCUGGACCGAUUCACGUGGAGGACGGGAGGGUUGGGUUGGUGGCUGUGUCUCCGCAACCUCUGGGCUUUUGAGGUUGGGAUGAUCCCUAUUCUGAAGCUAAACUCUGAUGUUCCUUCUCCUGGUUAGUGGCUUUCUUGGGUGGGGGGAGAUCUGGAAGCUGGCAUCUGCUUCUCCCCAGAGGCGGCGUACAGCUAAAAGCGAAAGUGUGCCAGGGCCAAACUCUCCUCGACACCCCUCGUCUCCUGUCCUGGAAUCCCUCUCCCGUCGGAUGCAUUUAUGUGCGUGUUUGCUCAGGGCAGGGGCCCUUCACGCAUGCUCAGAGGCACCCUUUCCCUGUUGAGACAUCUUCUAGGGCGGUGCCCUGGUGAAGCCGUGUUGCUGCCUUGGAAUUAUACACCAGCAUCCGCCCUCCUUUUCGUCGGUUUCUUCUCACAUGUACAGAGCCCGGAGAGUCAAGUGGAUUUGGGGUCAGCCAACGAGAAACUGCUUCUUGGAAAGCUGAGAGUCAGCCAUAAAAAGCUUGCCUCUUUUGAAAAGCGGAUCCUGUGCCUUACGCAGGAGGGUUCGAGGCCUAGCCUUUGAGGACCAGGGUCGCUUCUGUUUACGGCUGCUUCUGGGGUCCCUCCGGAAGCCGCCUUCCUUUGGGCCAGAGUCAUGCCCUCCCGAAGCGACUCCAGCUACUCGCUGACGGCCCGCACCACGUCCCGCAGCUUCACGCACCUCCGCGUCCGGCGGGCCUGGCUCCAGAUCAUCCUCCUCCUCGGCUUCGUUCAGAUGAUCCUGGGCGUCCUGAUCGUGACGCUGAGCCUGCUGGUAACCACCAACAUGCCCUCACAGAGCCACAUCCGGAAUGCAUGUCCUAUCUGGGCUGGUUUUCCGUUGGCAUUCUCCGGAGUGGUUGGCAUCGUCUCCUGGAGGCGCCCGUUCACCCCGGUGAUUACCUUCUUCACGCUCCUCUCAGUCCUCGGAGUCAUGCUUACCCUGGCUGGCUCCAUCCUCUCCUGCCAAAAUGCACAGCAGCAGGUGAAGUCCCUGGAGGCUUGCGAGCCGGUAAGACAACGGGACCGUUAUGCGGUCUGGAAGGAGCAGGGGAUACGGAGCCUGGACUUCCAGCAGGGCACCUCUCCAUCUCAGCUGUGCCCUUGCUGCCAGCUCGGAAGCUGCGGAAGUAACGCAGAACUGGAUCCAAAUUGCUCCAAGGUCCGCCUGGUCCUCAAGGACCUCCUCUUCAGUGUGUGUGGCCUGACUGUUUUCGCCAUCGUGGUGUGUACCCUCUCUGCCAUUAUGUGUUGCAUCCAAAUCUUCUCUUUCGACAUCCUCUAUGCGCUGUCCCCUCCACGUUCCAGCUCCGUGACGCUGGAUUGCACGUCACCCCCGGACACGUUCUUGCAGCAUAUGUUGGACCUGGAAGAGUUUGUUCCCCCAGUGCCACCUCCGCCCUAUUACCCUCCAGAGUACACCUGCAGUUCAGAGACGGAUGCCCAAAGCAUAACCUACAAUGGCUCAAUGGACAGCCCGGUUCCUCUCUACCCCACUGACUUCCCUCCCAGUUAUGAGGCCGUCAUGGGACUCCACGGAGACAGCCAGGUGACUCUGUUUGACUCGCAGUUUACAGAUACCUCACAUGGUCCUUGUUCCUGCAACCGGGUCCCAUCUGUUGUCCUCAGUGGCGAAGCGGUUUCCAUGGACAGCGGCUCCCUGAUUAUGUCGGAGAUCGUGGACAUUCCUGGCGACAGCAGCCCAUCCGAGGACUCCUGCCUGCUGGACGCCAGCGGUUCUGUCUGCUCGGUGGAUUACGUCUUGUUCCGCUCCAUCCAGCGCAGCCGGGCUGACUACUGCUUGAGCGUGGACUGCGGGCAGUGCGGCCUGCACCCUCAGAGCCCCACCCUGCAGGGCCCUUUUGAGGAGACACCCCAGGCACGCUUGCGCGGGGAGCGCUCGUAUUCCUGCUCCACGCCCGGCUCCACGGGCUACGAGGGCUUGCGGGAGGCGGGCAGUGCCCAUACGCACAGCUGCCAGCGCCUGGAGAGCUUAGGCCAAAGUGCCGGGCCUUGCUUCCCCGAGGUGCGGGUCAAGCCCAAGGCCUCGCUGCUGGGACGCAAAGGCGCCGGGCGGCAGCGCCGGAGCAGCGAGGCCUCGUACCAACUGCCUUCUGUCCGGGGUCCUCUGCUGAGGUCUCACAGCGAUCCCGGGAUCGUCACGGCCUGCGAGAAUGAAGCAGACUUCCAGGAGGUAUUCUGCGCCAAGGCGUCGGAGGAGGAUGGGCCCAACUCCUCAGCAGAUACAGGGCCCUGCUCGGAAGCUUGCCUUUUACACCCGUCACUCUGCGAGCUGCCCCUGCGGGCUCGCUUGGCAGGGAAGGCCAAGCUGGAGGUGCCACGGAAAGCGUCGCUGCAGCACCUGUCCAAGACUGGCACGCGCUCCCUGGGGGACCUGAAGGUGUGCCGUGGGACGCGUGGGCUCGUGGCCCGUUUCCUGCACAGGUCCAAGCGCAACCUGGCUCUGGCGGGAGCAGAAAUGGCAGGGCGAAGCAGCACUCCGGGGCGCAAGCAGGUGCCCAGGCAGAGGCUGGAGCGGAGCUCUCCGGAAGGGAUUCACCUGCAGAGCUGCGGGGACCUGAGCUCUACCUCCUCCUUGCGGCGCUUGCUCUCUGGCCGCCGGCUGGAGCGAAGGCGCCCCCACAGCCUUAGCGGACUCGUCCGAGAGAGUAACCUGUAAGAGGGCGUUCAAUGUGCGUCUUCCCGAUGCCGACGAUUGGGGCUGCUUCGUGACUUGGGCCUCGGAUCAGGAAGCCUGGGGCUAGAUUUCUGGAGGAACUGGAUUGGGGCUCCUGUAGCAAGAACAAGCAAAAAACCACCCACUCUCCCACCUCAGUCAGGAAGACAGAAGAAAGGAACGCAGC